AAGUUGAGAUGAGUGAAGUAGGACCCAAUAUGGACCAUAGUCGUGGUUUAUUUGAGAGGCUAAGACAGAAGCUGUCAUAUAACAGCACUGGUAAAGGUCCACCAAGGUAUACAGACUCACCCACAGCACCCAGGAUAGAACAUCACCAUGUAGAUGACUUAGACCUGGAGGCCCUGAUAACAGAGAUGCAUACAAGCUUUCCUGAUGAAGAUGAACGACUUGUCAACUUUGACCAGGAGAGCAUCAGUGGGGUCAGUGCUAAGGGAAUCAAUGACUUAGUGACCGAACUCAAUGUAGAGAAUGAGAACAUUGAGUCACAUGACUUGCGUCAGGAUGGCGCUAAACCUGUGGGAAUAGAAGUCCGUGAGCUAUGCAGAGUUGGGGACAUAAGCAGGGAGAGCAUGUCCCUCCCUCUGGACACAUGCAUUCCUGCAAUGAGUGGUACAAACCUACUACAAAACCCUCUCAUCAGUGCAAUAUCAAAUGGGACAAAAUCCUCUCCAUCUAGCCCCAUGUUACGUCGUACUCCGAGACAGGAUUCAGAUGAGACGCACAUUGCAGUAGAUUUUACGAGUGGCCACAUGUCAUGCAUCCCUACAGAGACAGUUAGUUUCUUUAGGGAUGACAAGUCACCUACAGAGCUGUGCAUCAACCAGCAUCGUAAAGCCUUGGAUCUCUGCCACCUUCUUACCCUGAAAACACAUGUUAAGGAAGACAAGAACUGGGUGAUAGUGGAGCACCUUGGAAAGCAUAAUAUAGAAAGAAACCUUGAAGACCAUGAGAAUGUUUUAAAGGUCUACAGCUCUUGGAAAGACUAUUCACAUAAUAAAUUCUACUUCAGAAAAGAUCUAAGAAAAUAUGAAGUCUUUCAGAACCCAGAGCAAUUCUUCCCAAGCAGUAUGCUGAAGUGUGACAGCUUGGAGGAGGUCGGUGACAGCCAGAACUUGGACAUUCAGGUUCAGAGGGCCAAACACAUACUUCUUCAGAACCUGUUCAGCACAAUGGAUAACCUUCCAGAUAUACAAGGUUGUUUGCUACUACGAGAAAAAAGCAAACGUUCUUGGAAAAAAACAUUCUUCAUACUCAACAAUUCAGGACUCUUUUACUCUUCUAAGGGAUCUUCAAAAGACCCCAAACAUUUGUUGCAAUUUGCUGAUCUCUCCGAGUGUGAAGUUUACACUUGUUGUCACCCUAAGAAAAACUUGCACUCCCCCACUGAUUACUGCUUAGCCUUGAAGUCUAACUGUGACAGUAAAGAUCUGAGGGUGCUAUGUGCUAAUGAUGAGAGAACGAGGCAGUGCUGGAUAGCAGGACUGAGAUUACGGAAGUAUGGUACAGUGCUAAGGGAUAACUACCAUGCAGCCCAAAGAAGGCAGGAAAAGUUAAAAAAUGCAACCAAAGGGACCAGUGCAAUUAAGUCAGCAUCUCCAUCUCUUAUGAAAUCUCGUGUAGCAAUGGACUUCACAGGGCAUGAGGGUCGUAUUGUGAAUGACCCAAAUGAAGCCCUGGGUGUAGCUGUACAGGAGGGGCAGAAAUGGAGGAAGCGCAACUGGCAAGUUGUUGCCCCCACCAAGAACUCUCCCCCGAAGACAGGACUGGGUGCAGGCAUACACAUGACACAGCCGUGGUUCCACAGUGGGAUCAAUCGUCAGGAAGCCAGCGAUCUCAUUGUAAAGCAGGGACUUGUUGAUGGGGUGUUUCUGGUGAGGGAAAGUAGAAGGACUCCAGGGAUGUUUGUAAUCUCAUUCUCUCAUAACCACAAAAUUAAACACACCAAGAUUUUGCAGGUUGAAGAGGAGGGUCAAAUCUUGUACAGUGUCGACAAUGGAGUAACUAAAUUCUCAGACCUUAUUCAACUAGUGGACUUCUACCAUAUCAAUGCUAUGGGGCUGCCUACUAAACUGUUACAUUAUGUAACAUAAACCUAUGGUGUAUGAGUGAUGGGGGCAAAUGUGUCAAUCAUGGAACAAGUCUAUGUUUAACCUAGACCAUACCAGUGUUAAUCUUGGGUUAAACCAGUGUUCACCUUGGAUGUCACUCAUGGAUCCAACCAAGAUUUGAUCAAGCAUCUUCUGCCUAUGGUCUUACACCAAAGGUCUGUCUGCAUUAAGGAGAGUCAGAACCAACUAUUGCAUCAAACAAGGACAUAUUUAGAGGCUUUUUGUAAGUGAGAUGAAGAUUUUAUAUAAAUGCCGCAGAUUCAGCUAUCAGUAACUUUUAAUUCAACAAAUUCAGCUGAUUACUCAGACACUUGUGUUUGUGGACAGUAUUUGUGUGGUGCUUUUACACUGGUAAUAGCCAGACAUCAAUAUAUCUUGAGCAUUUGAGGAUCCAGGCUGACCUGAACAUAUACAUAUAGCCUUGUAUCUUAGCUAUAAUACUUCCUGGUGAACUAAGAUAUCAUGAGGCCUGGUUAGUACCAUUGUUUUUUACCUCAUAGGGGAUCAGUUGGUACAGUCUAGUUGCAUAGUGAUCAUGUUUUAAGAACUGUAAAAAGAAAAUAUAGAUCUUAACAAGGAAUAUGGGGAACAUAGAGAAGACACUCCAUUUGUAUGGAUAGGUUAGCAAGUCAAAUACUUCAUUUAAAUAUCACAGAGAUAUGAAGUAAAAUGUUUUAGACAUAGAGUAGUGAGAAAUAUAAGCCAGAGUAAGAUAAAAACAAUUAUAGCUUGAGGAAUUUUAAGAGACUGAGAGUAAACUGUGGAGUAAUCCGCAUGGUCUCCCCAGUUUCUGACUAACAUUGAAAACACUAUUGACAAAAUUUACCAUAUUGGCAUUCAAUGCAUUGCCCAGCAAUCAACCAGUUUUUCUAAGUCCAUUGCCAAGAGUGAAAUAUUAUAUGCAAUGAGGCAAUUGCCAUUGAAAAAGAUUAUGCAUAGUUAACCACACAGCUGUACAGAAUUGAUAUAUAAAAUCAUUUUAGUUGUUGGAGGGUAGUUAGCCA